GAGACCAGCGACAGGACGUCAACAACAUUUCUGCCGUGACAUCGCCACACCUUGCAGAAUAUCCUUGUUAACUACAUGGAUUACGUAUCGGUAAAUUACCAGUCUUUGUUAUCUAGCCAUAUUAUUACAUUCCCUUAUCAAAUUUAUGACUUUACAUUUCGAUGUAUUGUUAAGCGAGAAGCUAGUAGCUGGAGGAUAUGCUACCUAGCUAGCUACUGGUUGGCGCUCAGUUUGCUUGACGUGGUCAUCAACGAUGUUCGCUAGCAAGCUAUGCUAGUCCUAGUUUAGCUUGUUUUCGAAUCCGGUGUAGGGCGGUUUGAUCUGAACGAGUCGGAGCCAUCGAUUGUGCUGUCUGGAUUCAGUAUUGAACAUAGCUUGGUGGCUUAAAAGCUUGCUCACGACCAUGUUACCGGGUCGUGACGGUGUUCAUUUCAAUAACACCGGGACCACCUCGUAUGUCUCUUGAAUUCCCCAUCGAGCUAUUCGCAGUGCGGUAGCUGCCAGCGUAUUGCCAGCGUAUUCCUCCGUCACAGCAUCCAGGUUCAGCCGCCAAGUGCCUGUCAACUAUGGAAACCACUCAAGUGACUUUGGCCGUAAGGGGAGAAACAUCCCCAGGUAAGGCAACCUGAACACAAGUGAGAGCGCUAGGCGGACCUGAUAUCAACGGUGCAAUGGAAAUCAGAUUUUGGACAACCAGCUUGCUAGAACUGAUCAUUUAACAUAACUUUGCGAGAGCCAGAACUGGUUUGUAUGUGUAGUUUGGCGUUGUAAAAUAUAUUCAUAGGGUUCGUUGUGUGUCUAACAGGUGAGUUGAUAGCUGUAGUUGGAAGCUGUGAGGCGCUUGGGUGCUGGAGUUACCAGAAGGCUUUAACUCUUCAGCAGGAUGACCAUGAUGGCACUUUAUGGAAAAAGACCAUCUGUGUUCCCCGGGGUGCUGUUUUCAACUAUCGCUACUUCAAGGGAUACUUCUUGGAGUCAAAGAGCCACUCCUUGCUAUCGACGAUGGACAGUUUGGAUUUCACAAUGGGUCAGAAUGUGUGGACUCCGGAUGGCUGACAUGCCAGACUGAGAUCCGGCUGCGUCUGCACUACUCUAAGAAGUCUCCGGUGUCCAUCACCAAGAAGAAGUACAAGAAGUCCCGCUUCAGGAUCAGACUGAUGCUGGAGGGCGUGGAGGAGGAAGAUGAGGAGGAAGAGCUGUCCCCGUCCAUCUGGCACAAGAUGACCCCCACCCUGGAGAUCAGUCUGAUCAGCCGUGAUGGCUACAAGUCUCGACACUCGCAGCCCGAGUGUGGCUACGCCGUGGAGCCCUCCCAGUGGACCGAGUACAGCAUCGUCACCAUGGACCCCGACAACCUGGAGCUCACCUUUGAGUUCUUUGAGGAGGACCUAGGAGAGCACAUUGUGCCGGGCGAUGCCCACCCUGGGCACGUGGGCACGGCCUGCCUCCUAUCAUCCUCCUUCGUGGAGGUCGGGACGGACCACGGUGUGGCCACUCUGCCCAUCAUGGGACGCAACUCCAGGCAGACCAUCGGCAAAGUCCGAGUGGACUACCUGGUGAUCAGGCCUAUCCAGGGAAUGCAGUGUGACAUGAACUCCUCCUUCACUAAGUACUGGAGGAAGAGGAGUGCGCUGGACGUGGGGCACAGGGGAGCUGGAAGCUCACAUGCUGCCAAACACCACAAAAUCAGGGAGAAUACAGUCGCCUCCUUCAAAAGUGCUGCCAACCAUGGGGCUGCCUAUGUGGAGUUUGAUGUCCAUCUAUCCAAGGACUCCAUCCCCAUAGUCUACCAUGACCUCACCUGCUGCAUCUCCAGCAAGAAGAAAAAUGACAAACAUUCUCUGGAGCUGUUGGAGGUUCCAGUCAAAGACCUGACCUAUGAUCAACUGCAGAUGCUCAAGCUUGCCCAUGCCACUGCCCUGAAAGUCAACGACCCCAAAGAUUUACUGGAUGACGAGGAGGAAGUGGACGAGCACCAGCCGUUCCCCUCUCUCUCUCAAAUUUUCCAAGCUGUCCCUGAACAUGUGGGAUUCAACAUUGAGCUGAAGUGGAUCUGCCAGCUAAAGGACGGCACAUGGGAUGGAAACGUGUCAUCGUACUUCAACAUGAACUUGUUCCUGGACACCAUCCUGUCUUGCGUGCUGCAGAAAGCUGGCAGGAGACGCAUCCUGUUCUCCUGCUUUGACCCUGACGUCUGCACCAUGGUGCGGCAGAAGCAGAACAAGUACCCCAUCCUGUUCCUCACCCAGGGCAUCUCAGAGCAAUACCCAGAGAUGAUGGACAUCCGCUGCCAGACCACCCAGAUCGCCAUCAGCUUCGCCCAGAGCGAGAACAUCCUGGGUAUCAGUGCUCAUGCUGAGGAACUGCUGAAAGACAUGAGCCACAUCCAGGUGGCCCAGUCUAAAGGCCUGGUCAUGUUCUGCUGGGGUGACGACAACAAUGACCAUGACAACAGGAUGAAGCUCCGGGAGAAGGGUAUCGACGGGCUCAUCUACGACAGGAUCUGCGAGGACCAUGGAGAGCAACAGAGCAUUUUCAAAGUAGAGGAGCAGCACACCUUGCAGGAGGUGAUCUCUGAGGAGACCAGGAAGAGCUGCACGUGCUCCACCUACGCCAUCCCCUGUGGCUCCGCCCCCUGCACCGCCGCCGGGGGGAACGGCGGCAGCGCAGAGUCCGACUCAGGCCUCAGCUCCUCCUGAAGAUCUCUCCCAGGAGCCUCCUGCUGUCACUGGAAGUCCAGGCGUCGUGCACGGAAUACUGCCCUUUGGUCCAGUUGAGAAGACAUAAACUUUUCGUUAACUUGACAUAACAUUUUCUUCGAAUUUGAGAAGGUUGUGGUGAUGGUAACUUGGAUACGCCUGUUGGGUCUGUCCUUGAAGCAAGGGCACACUGGUUAGGGGAAGCAGGUUUGUGAUGACCUGUGGCCCAGACGGUGAUGAGUUUGUGUGAUCAUCCCUCAUAAACUGACUGCCUCAUCUCCUUCUGUGACCUAAGGAAUUAGAAUACUAUGAGGAGAUGUGUAGUCUGUUUGUUUUGACUGGGAAGGAAUGUGUAUUGAUUUGCCAAACUAGUUAUGUAUGGACAGUCUGGUGAUGCAGAGAGGUUCAAUACAUUAGUCACGAAACCACAACUACCAAAAAUAUAUCAAACAGGUUUGUUAAAAUGAUGCAGACUCAAGGAUUUUAUUUUCAGGUGUCUUGUGAAGCCAAUUUUCUGAUUAUUUAAAAUAAGUUUUCAAAUGGACUAUGUAUGCUUCUCCAGUUAUAUACACGUGGAUGACUACAUUCAGAUUUGCCAUCUGCAUUAAGUUUUUAUUACAGCAGUGUUACUUAAAAUGAACAUGCUUCAGUAGUCAUAAAUAGAUGAACAUUUUAGAAAAGAUGAACAUUUUAGAAAAAAUAGUUAAGGACAACAAAUGACACAUAUUCUGGAAUUGUUGAUCUGAAGGGAUCAUUUUACUCUGUCUGUACUUGAUUGAUCAUCAGAUAGCCUUAAUGGAGAAUUCCAGAUUUUUUUCCUGUCUGCACAGCAGCAUGUUUGAAUCUCUCUAUACCUCACUCUGACAGCUCAAUGCAAACCAGACGGAAGAUUUUUCUGUAGCCUCAGUUGAACAAAAUGUUCUGUCCCUGUCUUUUCUCCACUGUUGCAAAUCCUGUUUCACUUUUGUAUUUGUGUUUCAAUCACAUCUUAAUCAUGACAUGACAGUAAUUGUCCAUUUGAUCAUGACAUUUUGAGCUCUGCUGCUUUCUGUAGAUAUGUUGUGUCUCAACUAUUGAUAUCUGUUUACAGAUUAUAUAUCUAUACAGAUAUAUCAAUAGUUACGUAAGUGUAAAAGCAAAAGUAUAUGUAGUUAGUAUGUCAGACAGAAUGAGUCUUGCGUGUCCUGAGAAAGCACAUUUUGACUGAACAAAUUAGAUUUAUUCAGUGUUAAUUUCAUUCUGAAUUCCUACAGAAAAUAAAUAAAUAAAAUAAAGGUUAAAAAAAA